AUGGCGGCUUCGAUACGGUUGUGCUGUGCCCUCCGCGUUACAUUUCGAGGGGCAGUACCACUUCGUUCAAUGGGUGGAGUAUUUCCAACGUCUCCAUUGGCCACUGGAGUCUUGUCUGUCUCUUUCCAAAGAAAUCCUUCCUUACCACUGAUCUCUGCAGCACCAUGGCAGCAAACCAGACAUGGCAGCUUCUUCAACAAGUUAACUGCUCAGGAGCUGUGGAAAGCUGUGUCAGCAGAGACGGGUGCCGGGAGCAAGAAGGGCCGAGGGAAGAGAACCAAACGCAAACGGAAGCAAGACCUGAAUGUUGGACAGCGCAUUGGAGAGGGUCGCGGCGGUUUUCUGUGGCCGGGCCUGAAUGCUCCGUUGCCGAGGGACGCGACUUCGUGGAGCAUGAGUCGCAGAAGUGAGGUGGAGCAACAGGAGAAGCAGUCUGAACUCGAGCGUUUCAGAAUUGAGUGGGAAAGAAAGAGGAAUGUGAAGGUCAAGAAGGAGAGGGGGUGGACAGGAGGUUCUUUGGGGGGCACCAGCCUGGGCCCUCCUGAUCCCGGACCAUAUGGAGACGCUUAUGAGGAUUUUGAUUCACGUGUGAUCGAGGUGAGAGCUGUGGGUACCAUGACGGCCAAGGAGGGGAGGAAGAGGUCCAUCAGGUGUCUGGUUGCCGUGGGAAAUGGCAAGGGAACUGCAGGCUUUGCGUUGGGGAAGGCGGCGGACAGAAUGACGGCUCUGAAGAGGGCCAAGAACAAAGCCAUGCACUACUUGCGCUACAUCGAACGGUGCGACAACCACACCAUUUUUCACAACAUUGAUUCCACGGUCAUGAAGACGACUCUCCACAUGAGGAAGAAAAACAGAGGUCAUGGUCUGCGCUGCCACCGAGCCGUCAUCACUAUGUGUAAACUUAUCGGUAUCGAGGACAUGUACUGUAGAGUAAAAGGAUCCGUUAACCUCCUUAACAUCACCAAGGCGCUCUUCUCUGGUUUAGCCAAUCAGGAAACCCACCAAGCUCUGGCAGAAAAGAAGCAGCUCCAUGUUGUGGAGUUUCGGGCGGAGCGCGGUGCGCUCCCCAUAGUGGUGGCGAGUCCUAAACACGGGGCACGACCCAACCCGGAGCCUGAGGAUGAAGUUCCCAACAUCACGCUUCACUGGGACGAUGUGAAAGCUGCACAGGGAGUCAAACGCUCACCGUGGGCAGGCGUCAAACGCAGCAUCUGGUAGUUUGGGAUGGGCCUAAUACUUGGACUGCAGUGCUGAUGUGUGGGUGGGUUCAGGAGGAUUCAGCAUUGAGGAAGAAGUGUCAGCUUGGCAUCUGUCAAGAAACUGUACAAACAGCUCGCUUCAGUCAGUAAAUGACGUCCAGAGGAUUGUGAAUGUGGGCGGUAGAUGGACUGCAGUUACCUGUCACAGAAAACACAAACUCUAGUUUCCCCUCAAACUGUCCUCUGUUGAACAAACAAAUCAUCUCCUGUCAAACAUCAGUAAUAAUAAAGUAUGAACCUGGAAAAACCUC